GCUACAGUUCAAGUUGCAUUUUAGAUGUGAACGAAUGCACAUCGUUGUUUUCGGUUAUACGGGAAUGCACUUUUAUUUCGUGUGAAUAUCGAAGAAAAUAGUUUUUCCCUAAGGUUAGUGUUCAUUGUGAUUCGUCUGGUUUUCAAGUCUAAUCUAGUGUUUUUAGGAAAUUCUCUAGUCGAGAUCAAAACAAAAACGAGCUCGCACCGAACACCGAGCAUUCAACCUUAGCAAGGAUCGAUCGUCAUUCUCCUUCCAUCCUUCGACACGUUAAGAGUAACGGAAAAUCGAUUAUCGUUCGAGUUAUCGUCGUCUAACAAGUGAGAUCGAUCGAUCGAUCUAUCAACGGUGACAUCGCCGAGAGUAACAACUAAAAACAAACAGGAUGAAACGAUCGUCGAUGAUAUCAAAGAAUUUCCUGCUACGAGUCAGCCUUUAUGCUCUUCUAAUUGCUGUCAGUUUAGCUGCAUCUACGAGAUCACGUAGUAAGAAGAAGGUAACGAAGGAAACGAAGGAAGUGAACAUCUGUGACAUCCAAAACCAAGAAGCACCAAUAUUUUGUUACUGCGAUAGCAAUGCAUUAAGAAAUGCAACGACUGCGAAUUGUUUGGUGUUGAACAAAUUCAAGGUAGAUGACCCUAUGUGGAACUAUUUCGUAUCACAGAUUCAUCUUACGAAAUUAAUGUUCACGGUUCGUGCAUCUGGUGGUCUCGAUUACGUACCAAGCAAUGUUCUAAAGCAAUUUAAAAAUCUCAAGAGUAUUUCAUUGGAAUAUGCAAAACUUACGGAACUUGCCGAAAGAUCUUUCUCCAAUCUCUCCGAAGUUACUGAGAUCGACCUGAGCAAGAACACGAUUGCAGUUCUGAAAAAAUACGCUUUUGAAAAUAUGAAGGAAUUGAAAACCAUCCUGUUGGACGACAACAGGAUAACUGAAAUUAAUAGAGAUGUGUUCGUGAACUUACCAAACUUAGCAACACUUAAUCUAAACAACAACAACAUCACCACCGUUCAUGAUAAAGCAUUCAAGCAUCUAAUCAAUCUACAAGUGCUUUUACUAAAUUCGAAUGAAAUAUCAGUGAUCACGCGCGAGAGUUUCCACGGUUUGCGAAAUCUUAAACAUCUUGAUCUUCGAAAUAAUGAAAUAUCGAUGAUCGGUGAUAGUAGCUUCGUUGAAAUACCAGAAUUGAUCGAACUCGAACUCGAUCAAAAUUCGAUCAAAUAUAUCUCGGAAAAAGCAUUGGAUGGUUUGAGAAAAUUAAAGAAACUUCGUCUAAGCGAAAAUAAAUUAGUCAGUUUAGAACCAGACUUCUUAUCCGGUGCACCGAGUAUCAAUUUUCUUGAUCUUAGAGAAAACAACCUCAAAACUAUGACUUUUAACAACAUCAAACCGAUCGUCACGAAUCUCUACAACAGCAGCAGCCAUUUCUACUUGGACGGAAACAAAUUGAUCUGCGACUGUAAUCUUGCAUGGCUGUGGGGUUUAAGGAACGAGACGAAGAAUGCAAAGUUACGAAAUGCCCUAGAGGAGCUUAUUUGUUUCCUCGAAAGUAAUAAUACAGCACUAAAGAUCAACACCGAGGAUCUAGAGAGGAAUCAGGAACUCGAGAUCGCGCGAAAUUCUGAUUCAUAUUUGGCUGAUAAUUUGAAAAUAGGAAAUAAGGAAGACGAAGACAACUACUUAGGUGACGUGGCUAAUGAAAGUUAUGAAAAUUUGGGUGAAGAAUAUGAGGAUUCCUCGUUGGAUAGUAAUUCCCAGCCUAAGGUGCAGAUAUUAGAUGGGAAGGUGUGUUACGUGAAGCAUUUGUUCGAUCUAAAGUUGGAAGAUCUACCAUGCCCUGAGACCACAAGGGAGGAUCUAAUGGCUUCUGAGCAACCAUCCAGUCGUCACGAGAAUGCACCAGUGGGUUCCUCCGGUUCCAUAUGGUUUACAUCUUCGGCGCAGACUCUACGAGUCAACCAAUUUGUCGUCUAUGCUAGUUCACUUAUUCUAUUCAUUCAAAUAGUUAUCUUUACCUUUUCAACGUAGAAGGAAAAAGAUGAGAAUAUUUUUUUUUUCCCACCAGGCACCAACGAUUCAUAAACAGAGAAAAAUACAGAAGGAAUUCUAAUUAUUCUAGAGUGGGACUACUAUACCAUGGAAUAGUAUGGUGUAACAACAAGAAAAUUCUAUCAAAAUCUAUAUAGGAAAAUUUUCCAUUAUUCAAAAUGCGAUGAUAUUAUAUAUAUAUAUAUAUAUAUCUCCUAUAUCUCACCCCCCCCCACCCCCACUCGUUCGACGAUAUUCGUAGUUCCAAUUCCUUAGAUUAAAUUGUUGCUCGGCUUUUUUGAGCUUGCUUCGUAGAUCUCUCUCUCUCUUCUCUAGCUGUUUUUUUUGUUUCUAUUUUAUUUUGUUUCAAGUAAGAAAAGAUAGAUGCUUUGCGAGAGAACAAGGGAAAAAGAGGAAGACAAUAAAAUGAAAUACAGAAAGGAAGGAAGGAAGGAAGGAAGGAAAGAAGAGAGAGAAAGAGAAACUUUCUUAUUUUUAUCAUGCUGUGAAAGGAGAUAGAAAUUAGUUUAAUUCUAAUGCUAAUUCCAUAGCAUUUUUAACGUAAAGGUAGAAGAAGAAGAAGAAGAAGAAGAAGAAGAAGAAUAGAAUAGAAUUUCUCAAAAACAAAAAUCCCAUGAAUUUGCAAUCGGUAAUGCGAUUGCAAUCGUAUUUGGAAUAAUAAACGAGAUAAUUCGUUCACGAUAACGUUAUCAGAAAAUAAAUUAAAUGCAUAACAUAAAAAAAAAAAACGUCGAUCGAUAUUAUUAUAUAUAUAUAUA